CAUUGUAACAAAAUGGUUAUAAAAGUAUUUCUAGCUUCUUCAUCAGGAUCGACAGCGAUCAAAAAGAAGCAACAGGAUGUGCUUGGGUUCCUGGAGGCCCUGAAAGUGGACUACGCUCCAUUGGACAUUGCCUGCAAUGAGGACAACCGCAUGUGGAUGAGGGAAAAUGUCCCUGUGGAGAAAAAGCCCACCAACGGGAUCCCCCUACCCCCUCAGAUCUUCAACGAAGAGAGCUACUGUGGGGACUACGAGACAUUCUUUGACGCCAAAGAAGACAAUGCGGUGUAUGCCUUCCUGGGUCUGCCACCUCCUCCAGGUUCCAAGAAGGCCCCCGUGAAGGAGGAAGAAGCCCAGGAAGAAGUAGAUGAUGAAGAGGCUAAGGGAGAAGACGAUCAGCCGGUUUCUGAGGAAGAAGAAGAGGCCCCAGAGGUAACAGAGGUAUAUUCUGGCUGUGCUCCAAGCCCAUUGCAUGGUGUGGCCCCUGACGUGGAGUAA